GUCAUGUUUCCAUUCGUCGCUGGGGUCGCCGCAUUUUUGCCAAGCUACGACCGUUUCGCCAAACGAUUGUCGCCUCCGACGCGUUGCUGCGAACUGCAUUAAUCAGUGGUGACGAACCGAUGGUGUUGGAGAUGCUACAUCCUGAGUUGGUGCCGCAUUGCCUUGGCUGGAGCCGAACAGGCCCUGCAAACCUGGAGCGAAGAUAUCCCGAUGAUCAUGAAAACGGCUUCGAUGGCCAAGCAUUGGACUACAUUUGCCAAGGGCUUUUGUUGCGGCACGGCCUGCGCCCUACACCGCGGCUGCGACGGCGCGCAGCAGCUUCGGCCAGGCGCCGGGCAGUUCUACUGCGCCGGCUCCUCGGCGACAGCAUCCACGGGUCCGCACUGCGACGGCAGUUGGAGGAGACCUUUCAUCUAAUUUUGCCGCCGGAGCCGGGCGACCCACUCGACAUGAUCAGUUUGAUGGCGCCCACCGCCUUCCAUCGGUGCGGUGCGGUGGGUGGUGCAGAGGUCUUGCAGACCUUGUCGACCGCACUCACCUGGAGGCCUUGGCUGGUGCUCCGGGGUUGUGACGCGCCGGAGCAGGAUGAUGACUUGCUGGACUCCAUGCCCGCCGAGCCACUGUUGAGGUGCCAGCAGCGUUGCUUAGAGGACGGCUACGGCGGCUUCGUGGUCCGAGGGUCCCAGGCCUAUUUUCGGAGACGACCAGCAAGCGGUUUGCUUCACAGCUGCAUCGCAAAACCUGGCGAUGUGCUGCACAUUGCGCCGGGGCCUGCAUGUGGGCUGCCACGACAAUCUUUGGCAGCUUUACUCCUGGGUCAAACAGAUGGCCACCGAACGGCCAUGGAUCUUGCACUGGAAAGUGGUGACGCGCAGGCCGUAGUCGAAUUGGGAAAGCUGGGCUGCAGGACCAUGGAGGACAGGACGGCAGAUGCUGCAAUCUUGGAUCGGAUUCUCUACGGCGGCAUGCCGCAGUGGCUGGCACGCGCUGUAGGGAAUUUGGCUUAUGCAGGCAAGCUCGCGGAUGACUGCGGCACAGCGUUGCAGGAUGCCCAGCAGAUUCGGGGCCGAGUCCUCGAAGAUGUCGAGCAGGUGCAGCGAGCAACCGGGACUUCUACUGCCGUGGCAGAAGCGCUGCUGCGACACUUUGGACAUAGUCCCGAAGCCGCCAUUUCGCAAUUUCAGGUCGAUGCCAAAGCCGCAAAGACCGCUGCCGGGAUCCGCGAGGGGCCCACCUCGUCCGAGUUGGUCUGUGGCAUUUGCUUCGCAGGCCUAGAACCUGGUGGCGACUCUUUGCGCCGCUUGCUGCCAUGUGAGGGGUCACAUGCCUUUUGUGAUGCAUGCCUGCGGCAGUAUCUGGAGGGUCUGCUAGCUGCUGGCAAUGUCAGAGGCAUGGUCUGCCCAGAGCCCGAGUGCCGAUUGCCUUUGGGCGAGGCGUGCGUUGAAGGCAUUCUGGGAUCUGCUGCACGGCAGAAGUUUGUUCGGCUCGCCGCGCUUCAGGCUGUGGAUGCUGCGGCCCACAUCUGCUGGUGUCCGCAGCCGGGCUGUGAAAAGGCUGUGGCCAGGACCGACGGCCUCACCGUGCGGUGUGCCUGCGGUUACACCUUCUGCUCCAGCUGCAUCUUGGCAGGAUUGCAACGACAGGUGAUAGGCCCGCACGUUUAA